AUGAGCAACGAAGAUAUGUCUAUGGCUCCGGCCGGUUGGUCUAGCGAUGUUUUCACGAACUACGAUGACUUACAGCUAGGCGGUUUCGAUUUGGACCUUGGAUUUCAGGAAGGUAUACCGGAUGUAUUUCACGACACUGUCCCCAACCUAGCAGUGGACUUUCACACGUACCCGCCCUCCCAUGAGUCUGUAGACCUGAUGACUUUGUCGUCAGCUGCAGCCUCAGACCUUUGCGAUAUCAGCCAUUCUCACGCCAGUUCUAUUAGUCCAUUCCAAGACAGCAGCGUUUCCAGCGUACCGAGUUCAUCGUCAAGUCCCGUGCAGUUUGAAUCGUGGCCACUGGACAGCAGUCCUGUCAACGUCUUACCGCAGGGCUACCAACAUCCCCAGUUUUAUGAGACGAACUUCGUAAACGGUAGAAAGCGACGGGCUUGCGACGAACCGUGCCGGUUACCCCAGAUGCCCGGCAAUGUUGCUGUGCAAGCUGUUAACUUUCCCGUCUUUUCUACCGAUGUCGCCAGUAAACCUAAGCGGAAAAGGGUCCAAAACGCACGCCAGAGGAAAGCAGCGAAUGUACGGGAGAGAAAAAGGAUGUUUCACCUCAACGAAGCCUUCGACAGCUUGAAAACCAAAGUACCCACCUUCAACUACGAGAAACGUCUGUCGAGAAUCGAAACGCUUCGGCUGGCGAUGACUUACAUUUCCUUCAUGUCGGACCUACUAGCAGGCAAGAAACCCAGCGAGAUCUCGUUGAAGCCCGACGGCAUGCUCAGCUCUGACAAUUCCUUCACACUGGAAGACUUAGAAAACCUGAAACAAUCUAUUGCAUCUUCGUACAAUUCCGAUGGCACGGAAAGUUCCGAAUGUGGCUCGUCCAGUUCUUGA